AUGACUUUAAUAUAUCUUGCUUUCAUAACAUGUAUCGCCCCACAAGGUUCUGAUGGGUAUUUCAGAUUUUUGUUGUCAAUUUACUGCAGAUCUGUAUUAUCUUCCCCACACUCGAGUUUCCUUGCUGGAGGAGCCACAUUGGCAGCCGGGAGGAUUGUUGUUGAAAAAGGAAUUUUAAAGGCAGUCUGGCCUCACAGUGGCCAUUAUCGGCCGACCCCAGAAAAUUUUCAAGACUUCGUAUCAUUUCUCGGCGAGAAUAAUGUGGAUCUCACGGAUGUUAAGCUUGAUUCCAUUGACGAAGAAGAAGAAUCUAUGGGAAAGAAGGGAGGUUUAUACUUAAGAAGUAACUCCUCCGAAGAAGACUUGGCUGAAAAGGAUCGGUUAGAGACGGUAGAAAAUGAUACUGUAGACUCCAAUUCUCAUAAAGUUGUAUCUAUAGAGGAAGAGACUUCUGCUGCAAUAGAGAUGCCUGAAUCAAGAUCUUCUCGUAACUUCAGUAAAAAAUUUACUACUCUACAAAUACCAAGCAAGGACAAUUUCUUGGAGAAAUUAAGGAUUGAAAACACAGUGGCAGAAUUAAAAACUCAGAAUUUCUUGCUGGAUUCACUUGUCGAUGGAUAUGAAACAGCAGAAGAGUCUUUUGCUUCAGAGCCUCUUUCCAUUAAUCAAGAGCAUAACACGUCCCAUCAAGAACAUGAUGAGACUAAUGAGGAGAUCAUUUCAGAAGAAUCAAUUCUCCAGAGGAUAAAUUCUCGUAAGGAUAUGAAGUCUUUUCAAUUAGGGAACAAAUUAUCUUGCAAAUGGAGUACAGGAGCUGGACCUCGAAUAGGAUGUUUAAGAGACUAUCCUUCGAGGCUCCAGUGCCAUGCUUUGGAGCAAGUGAAUUUAUCCCCAAGAACUAAAAGCCACUUAGAUUAGACUUCACUUCUCGGAAAUCAACACCGACAGGCAUUGGUAGGGAAAAUACCAGUGUGUUCUAGCUCGUCUCCUCUAGACAAAUCGAAUCUGUCUCAUAAUAGCAGUAACCAUUAUAUGACACAGUCCUCCCUUUCUGUAAAGGAACUUAAUAAUGGAGUUGCUGUAACACAAGUAGUCACAGUUCAAUUUUUUGAUCGAUCCAUUCUUUUGUUUGAAUAGAAGAGCAAUUCUUUUAUAGGAAUUCUUACAACUUCUGUUUUCUCUUACAACAUGUACUCGAGUUUUUGUUUCAUCAUCUUGUACAUUACAAGGAUGAACAAUUGU